GUAAACGAAUCCCACAAUUGUGGGAAAUGGACGAAAUUUCUACCCCCGGUGCAGAACCAUCCGGGUCAGCCAAGAUGGAAGAUAUACCGGAAGAGUGCCGGCUCUGUUUGGAUCCGUUUGCCGAAAAUGUUGUCACAGUCGAAAACCCGGAGCUGAGGGAUCGAAUGGAGAAGGUGUUCCAUUUCUCGAUCGAAAUCGUGGAAAAACUGCCCUCAGGCGUUUGCCAAACUUGCGCAACGCUUAUAAACGAGUUCUACCGGUACUCGGAAAAUGUUCGCUCAAACCAGGGCCAACUGAUUUCUCGGCUGACCAGAAAAUCCCAACCACUGCCAGUAGAGGAAAUCAAGGUGGAACCGUCGUUAGAAUUUCCCGAACCGGACGAAUCGAUCAAACCAAAAGAUGAAUCACCGUUGCCACCGCCAGCUGAAGACGGGGAAGAGAACAUCGACAACCUGGAAGUGUACGCAGACCUGUACGAUCCUCCACGGAAGCGCACGCGGAAGAAGCGAAAGACGGCUUCCUCAAGGAAAAAGGACCGAUCGACUUCAUCGGACGCAGAUGCAGACGGAGAGAAACCGAACCCGAAACGGCAGGCAAGGAAGUAUAACGUAAAGACCAAGGAAGAACACGAGAAGGACGAGCAGUUGGUAUCGGAGUUCUACCGCAUGGUUUGCGACCUUUGCGGAGAUCAUUUGGAGAAUUUUUCCUCCCUGGAUUCGCACUUCCGCGAGAACCACGAUCGCUCCGGAUUCGUAGUGUGCUGCAACAAGAAGAUCUUCAAGCGGUGUCUCAUGGUCGAGCACAUGAAGCUCCAUACCGACCCGUCGGCCUACCGAUGCGAGAUUUGCAACAAGAACUACAAAAACAAGGUGUACCUAGCGAUGCACCAGGUGAAACAGCACGGACGAGAGGAAGAUCGUCCUUUCAAGUGCGAUCGCUGCAAGCAGUCCUUCGCCAAAAACUACCAACUCCGAGCGCAUAUGGUGGCCCACGAGAAGGUCCAGUGUCCGCAGUGUGACCGUAUGCUGGCCAGCAAGAUGGCACUGAGCACCCAUCUGUCCAAUAUGCAUUCCGAUAAGGACCGGAGGAUGAUCUGCGAUAGCUGUGGGAAGGAAUUCCUGAACAAGACUUGCUUCGAGCGGCACGUGAAGGAACACAUGGGCAUCGAGGUGCAUCCGAUGCUCGAGUGUCACAUUUGCCACAAGUGGCUCAAAGGGGAACGGUGCCUGCAGAAGCACAUCCGGUACACGCACUACGAAACGGAACAGACGCACGUGUGCGACAUCUGCCAGCAAAACUACCCGAACUCGAGAGCACUGUGGAGUCACAAGCGGGCCGUGCACGUGGAGGAAAAGUUCGAGUGCGAGUUCUGCGGGAAGCGCUUCAAGCGGGCGGUCAAUUUGAAGGAGCACCGGACCAUCCACACCGGUGAGGUGCUGUAUGCGUGCGAGUUUUGCGGUGCGACCAUGAAUUCAAAUGCCAAUCUGUACACACACGUCAAGAAGAGCCACCCGGUGGAGUAUGCGGAGAAGCGUCAGCUGGCGGCGUGCGGCAAUGCUCCGUCGAGGGCGUAGGUGAGUAGGGGUGAAGGGACGGAGAUGGGUUUGAUGUAGACAAAGCUUAACAAGGAAUGAAACAUGUUGAAGUUAUUUGUGCCGAAAUAUCGUUAUGAGUUUUAGGGACUGAUCUACACAGCACAAACCCCGCUCGGGGC